CUCCCCCCUCCCCCGGCCCGGCACACAAGGAAAUGCAGCUCCACAGGCUUGGAGCGGCAAACAGGGAGGCCCAGGGGAGCAGCCAGGGAGGAAACUUCAGCUAAAACCACUGGCUCCGAGUGCUGCUGCCACCGCCGCCAGACAAAUUAUUUCAGCAAGAAGAAAUACAUGUGAGAAACAAGAUGUCUCAUGCUGAGAGACCUCACCGCGAUAAGCAACACCGAUAUUAUGAGAGCCACGGAUCUGACAGACACCAUGAGGAGAGAAGGGCUAAAAAGCCAUACCCAUCCAAUGGAAGGUCAACACAAGGGAUUCCUAGCAACCAACACUCCAGACCUUCUACUGCUAAUUCAGACCUGUACCAAAAAAACAACCUACCAACUCAUGGAUAUGUCAAUUCUCCACCAAAUUAUGAUCCCGAGAAAAAGACCUUUUCGGAGAAAUGUAAUAACCUAUGCUCAAGGAGAGGUAUUUUGAAGUUUGUUGAAAUUACCGUCAACAUUCUAGUGCUGAUCUGUGUUGGAGCCUCCCAUGCAGCUAUUGCUGGCUAUAGUUCUAUGGGAGGUUUGGGAACGGGCUCUUUCAACAUUGGUUCGUUUUACAGCCCAUUUGAAGGAACUGAGUUCCAGGAGGUGCGAGACCUGGACAUGCAGUACAGCCAGAUGAGAGCUCCUUGUGUGUAUGGGGGAGUAGCCUUCAGCCUGACAUUAGUAGCACUUACACUCCUGUUCCUCAUCGUUGGGGCAAAACCCAUUGAUCGACUCUCUGUGAAGAUGCUUGUGGCAGAAUGUGCCUUUGAUGCGCUGGCUUGUAUGGGGUAUAUUGCAGCUGUUGGCCUUUACUUACACUUUAUCAUCCAGGUGAACGCCACAGACACAUGCAAGAAGAGGGAAAGACUGUAUGCACGCCGUGGAUACACCUGGAUGAACUGUGAGGUUCAGGGGGGUGAUGCAGCUGUCAGCCUGUUUGGCAUCGUUGCUGCUUGUUUGUACUUCCCAAGUUUUGUGAUCUGUGCACUCACCAUUCGAAAUGUACGGGCCUUUCGGAGCCGGAUGACCAGGACUCAAUACAGCCUUGAGAACAGCAACAGUGAGAGAGAAUACCAAAAGGAUUACAGAGGCCCCGAAAGCACUCACAAUGCACAGGCUGUAGCAACACUGGUGUAGAAUCUGUCAUGGAACUCAGUGCAGUGGCAGGGAGCAUCAACUCCAGUGAUGGGCAGGCACUGGAUCUGAUAUUUUUAGGGUUUUCUUUAAAUACAGAGCAUCUGUAUCAUACGGACCAUAGUGUACACAUGUACAGC